AUGCUAUUUGUCACAGAGCCAAAAUUCAUCAAUAUUUCCCAUCCUCGCAAACUCCUCUCCCUUAUAUAAGAAUAUGAACUUAAAUUUCGUCCUGAUUCUCCUAUCACUCAAAAAGCCAUGGAAAGUAUGGGAUAAGAUCGUUAUCACUUUCGUCGAAAGUUUCAUUUGUGAUCUGACUCAUCUAGGAAUAAGUUCGAGUUGCGUUAUGAUUUUGAGAUCCAAAAAAUUCCAUAUACAGAAGCAGAUAUGUAGAAAGCCUAUCUAAAUUACAUGAGAUAAUUGAUCAGUAUUCAUAAUAUAUAAGAAUAGUCGAUUAUCAGGCUCUAUUUGAUACUAGGAAACGAAUUAAAGUUGAUUUUGAAAGAAGAUAGAAAGAAGAAGAUGAACUUAGAGGCUAGUAUAUAAAUAUUUCAAAUUUAGUAAGUGGCCAGAACCUGUAGUAACCAAAAAGUUGAUGAAUACUCAAAUUGAAACUCUUACUUUGGAUUAAAAAAUAUAAUUAAUUGAAGAAGAAAGAAGUAAAGAACAAAAAAUUAAUGAUUGUUUUGCUAAAGAUGCUAUUAUGUAGGAAUUGGACAGAAGACUCAAAUUAUAAGAAAAUUAAUAAAGGGAAGAGAGAAGACUUGUUUCACGUAAAGAGACAUUUGAUAAACUUAAAAAGAAGGCAGCUUCAGAAAAUAAGAAAGUAAAUGAGAAAUUAUAAACUCAUUAAUAAAAAAUGAGAAAAUAAUUAGAAUAAGAUUUUCGUACUUCAAAAUCUAUAUAAGAAAAAAUAGAAGCUAAGUAUGAUAUUAUAUAUUUUUUUUUAGAGAAUUAUCAAUUCAAUAAAAAAGAAGUAAAAUGAUAUCUGAGAUAGCAUCUCGUAAUCGUAAAUUAGAAGAUAAAAUUAAUCAUUUUAAAGAUGAUUUUGGUAAUCGUUUGAUGGAAGAUUUAAUGAGAAAAUAACAUGCUUUAGAAUUAUCAAUGAAUAAACGAUAGAAGACUGCAGAAUAAUUAGAAAAAAAUAGGUUAGAAAAAUAAUAGUUUUUUGAAUAGAAAUUAAAUAAUAUUAAUCUAAAAAUUAAAUAAGAAAGAGAAGAAAAGGAAUCUGAAUUAUUUAAUAAGGUUGGUUAGAAAUUAUCUAAAUCAGAAAAAUUGUUAGAAGAACAUGAUAAAUUAGUAAUGAAAAUGUGGUAAGAUAAAAAGAAAGAACAAUAAUCUAGAUUUUCAAAGUAAAGAGAAAGAUAUAAGUAAUCAGAAGAAAAAUAAUAAGAAAAAAUUGAAGAAUGGGAUGAAAAAUUAAAAAGUAUUUAAGAUAAAAUUGAAAAGUUUUAAACUAAAAAAAGUGAAGAAUGGAAAUCUCUCAAAGAAUAAAAGAUAUAAAAUUAAAAAGAACAUUUAGAAAUGAUACAAUAUAUAAAAAGAAAGAAAGAAGUAAUUAAUAUUAUUAAAAACUUAAGGAUAAAAAUUAAAAGUAAUAUAUAGAUAGAUAAAUUAUGGUUUAAAACAAACUUAAAAAAAUGAAAGAUGAAUAAGAAUACAUAAGAACUUAUCAAACUGCUUCUAAAUAAAGAUUUGAAUAGAAUACUUUAUCUUAAAUAGGAGAGUUAGUAAAUUUGAAAUAUUCCUCAUCUGCUUAAUUGCUCAAGUAUAUUUUAAUUAUUAUAUAUAAUUAGUAAAUUGAAAGAUUUAGAAGAUGAUGAAGCAUUUAAUGAUAUUCAAUAAAAAUAUAAAUAAAUUGUCAAAGUUCCAGAAAAAAAACCUGUAGAAUGA